UUACAAGAAUUUCCAUCUGCAAGGCCAGCUGGUGCGUAAUCACUGGGACUUUUACUUUGUUCCCGUGAGACGCACCCAGUUCAUUCACACAAAGAGCUGCACCCGGCAGCCGUGAUAUGCAUGCGCUGGCGCCGCAGCGUCCGCGCAGCGCGCGAUAACCGCAGCCUGCCACUGUGCCAACCCAAGUCUCCGCGCUCUCACUUCGCUAGCUAACGCACGUGUCCGAAGACGCGUCGCGCGCCCUCGUCCCCGCGAGUGAUGCCGAUGACGGACUUUUCAAGUUACCAAACACUGGCAGCUUGCAAAACGUAAUCCGAAAAAAAAAAUCUGACGUUUGUGCGUCACUGAACUGGCGCAUCGAGACGUGUUGAUGUAAACAAAAAUUGUGUGAAAACAAAACUCUGGAAGUUUAGUGCUGUUAGGAGUGAGUAAAAUAAAUAAAAAAAUUGUGCAAAAUGACGUCGCGUUCAAAAGAAAAAGUAGCAGCUGCGUUUAGGAAGCUGUUUCGGUCUCCGGAGAAACUGGAUAAUGAUGGAGCCGGGCCGAGCGGGUCCCCGGCCAGGCGCGGGCUACUACGGCGACACAGAGACGGUGUGAGUCCAGCAGAAGUGGCCAGCCACCCCGGCAGCCCGUCGCCCGCCGCCCUCAGCAAGAAGGGCGCCGGCGCGAGCGACGUGCGCGAGCGCGCCGCCGCCGCCGCCGCGGUGCGCACGCGACGGCUCAUGAAGGAACUCAAAGAAAUACAGCGGUCACAGGAAAGCCGCUCUGAUCCUUUGUUUACGGUGGAGCUGGUAAACGACAACCUGUUCGAGUGGCACGUGCGGCUGCAUCAGAUCGACCCCGAGAGCGAGCUGGCGGCCGACCUGCGCGAGCUGCACAUCCCCAAUAUCCUGCUGCACCUGGUCUUCCCCGAGAACUUCCCCUUCGCGCCGCCCUUCAUGCGGGUCAUCGAGCCCAGGAUAGAAAAGGGAUUUGUAAUGGAAGGCGGCGCGAUCUGCAUGGAACUCCUAACGCCGCGAGGCUGGGCGUCAGCCUACACAGUGGAAGCCGUGGUGAUGCAGUUCGCAGCGUCGGUGGUGAAGGGGCAGGGGCGCGUGGCGCGCGCGCCGCCGCGGCCCUCGCGCGAGUUCUCGCGCCGCCGCGCCGAGGAGGCCUUCCGCUCGCUCGUCAAGACCCACGACAAAUACGGAUGGGUCACACCGGCUCUGUCCGACGGUUGAGCGCUAUGUAAGUCAAGUAUACUGCGUAGGUCCAAUUUCCAGCUGACUACAGACAGCCGAAAUGCAGAUUAGAUCUCUAUUAGUUAAUUAAUCGGAUAUAAUUUUAAAAGUAUUCUCAUAACUUAGUGCAAUUUUUAAUAAAUCUGUGUCGUUAGAUGACUGUAUAUCCCCUUAGACAAGUUCCCGUGUCGAAGCGAAUACAAUGAUUGAUCAGUGUUUUCAUGCUUCUAUUAAAGUAAUUAAGUAUUAUCCUUGUAGUUAGGUUACGAUAAAUAUAUUGUGAGCGGUGCAAUGUCUUAUUCAAAAUUACUAAAAAAGCGGUCAAUAUUUUAUUUAAGUAUUAUUAAGAGUAUUAAGAAGACAUAGAGUACUCACUCCAUACAUCGGUUUUGUUACCAAAAAGACUAUUAUUUUCGUAGUCUACAUCUAGCGUCAAGUAGCGGAACGAUCAGUACUGCUACUCGACAAUCAAUUUAGCGGCAAAUGGAAAGUCUCAUGCUCAACGAUUUUCAGCUAAUAUUAUAACCGGAUUAACCGGAACUCAAUUUUUACCUCCUUUCUGCUUAUAAUAUUAGUUACAAAUUCUUGAGCAAUACACUUUUCGUCAGUCGCAACACAUGGGACAUCUAGUGUCGAGUAGCAGUACUGAUAGUUCCGGUCUUUUUGGUAACAAACCGAUGUAUGGAGUGAGCAGUUGAGCAGUUGAGCACUCUAUGUCUUCUUAAUUCUCUUUGGUACCAAGCAAUCGGGACAUUGGUAACUUACUGGUCAAUUUGAGUUUUAAUUAUUAGAUCUGUUUCCAAUAUGAUCCUGAUCUGCCACUGCCAAAAGUGACGUUUUUGGUUGAAGAAAUGUCAGUUUUGACACUGACAGAUCAGCAUCGUAUAGGAAACAGAUCUAAUGACUAAAACUCGAAUUGGCCUGUAGAUCGAUCAUACAAAUUAGCUAAUUGACAUUAGAUUGGUGUGGUAACAAUCUAACACUCUUAAAGCUUGAGCCUCGGUUCUCCAAACAAACGUAGUUACCGCUCUCAUUUUGAAACGACUAGCUAGAUUGCUCUGAAACUUUGUACUUACAAUAAGAUAAGGUAUAUUUUAUUGUAUUGUCUGUAGUUAGUUUAUGUAGCUCCAGAUACCACAGUAAAAAAAAUACAGCGAAUUUAAGUUUUUCAUACAAAACUGGUUUUGCUCCAUUUCGUUUGUUUUAUAAACUGGAGCUAUAUAAACUAAUUACAGACCUAGAUAUACCCUAAUGUUAUUGUAUAUGCAAAGUUUCGUUACAAUCCAACACGUAGUUUUAAAAUGAGAACGAAACUCCGUUUGUAUGGGAAGGUGAAAUUCGGCCGAGCUUGCCGGGGACUUUUAAUUAAAAAAUACCGAUUUCAUGUGAUGUCUGGGAUAUAGUAUUUAUAUUUCAUUAACUUUUUGAAAUCGCCGAGCCACUAACCUAAUACCUAAAAUUCGAUUGAAAGAUCACAAGGGCUCGGUGGGUACCUACCUACUACCUACACUGACUCUUGUCAAAAAUAUUCAGUCAAACAAUUCGUAUUUUACAUAAUCGUAACUAAACUUCUUCAGGUCAAAAUUUCACCUCUGUCCAUUAACUACGUCAAAUCUUUUUAAAUAAGUACCUACCUAUUGUAAGAAUUUUGCAUGUGCCGAUUACCUGUGUAUCGCUCAAAAAUACAUAUGUAUAUUAAGCUAGUGUCUAGCUGCUAGACCAACAUACUUUUUACUGUUUUGUAAAUUGUAAAGAUGUGCCAAACUACGACUGUACAUAUAGAUAAUACUGGCGUCUGCAUACAUUUUAAAUCCAGAGAACUCUUACAGCACGCUCAAUACUUUCAUACUAAUGGUCAUUCCUUAUAAUUGUAAAUGGAAAAUUUCACUUCUAUUGUGUCUUAGAAAAACAAUUCUAGUUCGAUGUCUAGCUGCCUGUCCUAGAUAUAACAUUUAAACUUAAAAACAUCAAGAAACUCAAAAUUAUAAUGUUGUAUUAUUUGAUUGAUCAAUCAAGCAAAGCAGUAUAACGUUUUAAAGGAAAUGUUUCCGUCCCAACGUCAUUUAAACACUUGAUAUUGUAGAUAAAUUAGUAUUACUAUAUAAAAUCCAUUCCAGUAGAAAAAAGGAAGAACUUGUUGCGUGAAUUAUUUGUUAUAUUUAUAUCAAACAACAUAAUAUAUUGAAAAAAAUUAAGACAUUGAAAAUACAUAUAUUUUGAUUGACGUGAUUCAAACAAAUAUACGUCCAAAUAUAAUUUUCACAUGUUUUUGCCUAGUUUUAAUUAUAGCGAUAUUAUAACCCAUUAUCCUACAUAUUAAUUUCCAAAAAUUGCAUAACUCAAACUUAAGGCCGUUCCAUCGGUUUGCCACUGUCUUUGUCACAUUUCGCAAGAAAGAACGGGAAAGAACAUACGCGCCAAGUGUCAAUUUUGAUCGAAUUUUGUCGGUUUUUAGUUAUUUUAAAAACGUUACCCUACAAUAUCGAAAAUCUAAAGCUAUGAAAUUACUAUUUAUGUUAAGAUUGUUUUUUCUUCUUUUUUUGUUUAUAGUAUCACAUAAUAAAUAACCGAGUAAAGUAGGAUUAAAAGUCCGAGUUAGAGGUUACUUUGGGAAUUAAUUGUAUUGAGCGAAGUGUCAUAAUUCGUGUAUCGGAAGCUAUGUUGUUAAAGAUAAUAUAGUCAAGAACUACAUAUAUUUUUUCCACGUCUACGAAUAUCAACGCCUCUUAGAAAAACAUGAUCAUAUAAGGAGAUUUUUCGCCUUCUGGCUCAGGGAACCGCCUUAACACCAAAAAUAAAACAACAUUUCUCUAAGCACAAAGAGAAUAUAUACUCCAUUAAAUUUUUUAUAAGGUAAAGCCGCGUAUAUAUUUAUACACCUACGCUUUGAAUAGUAUGAAUUAAUUUACGUGUGUAUUGUAGUUAUUAUUUAAUUAUAUGAGUGGUCAAGUGCUCAAAUUAGUAGAUAUUUUGGAAAAAAAACUUGAAAAGAAAGGCUUGUGGUAACUUAAAUUUUUAUUAUUAAAUUAGAUACAAAUACGCGUAAAUGUAUGUAACUAGAAAAUAUUUCUUGAUGUUGUUAAUUUGUUCUGUAAACCAAAGAUGUUUAUUUUUAUGUAAUAUUCCAAUGCAGUGCAAAAUGUGUAUUUAUACCUGGAUUAUAUGUACAAUGUUAUAUGGGUGUAAUAAAUUACAUGCUCAAAAUA